AUGCGAAAGUGCUGGAAUCUCAAGGAGUUCUCAGUGUCAUCGGAUGAACUGAGAGACUUGGAAUUAGACGAAACAGGAAUUGAAAUCUUGCACUCGUCUGUAGCGCGUUCAAGUAACUCGAAAAGUAUCGGUCUUAGAGGCUUAAGACUUGUGAACCUUCCCGACCAAUUAUCCUGCUUGACAAGUUUGAAUGCUCUUAGGCUUUACGACUGUGAAAUCAUUGAUGAUUUGAAGCUACAUAUCUUUUUCGAUGGCAUGUUGUCUUUGAGAGAAGUGACGCUGAAGAGGUGCGGUAACAUAAUUGACCUCCCCAGUAACACUAAGCAUCUUUUAGGAUUGAGAUCUCUUGACGUAAUGGGUUGUAGGAGGCUUCGUUCUUUACCAGAACUACCACCAUCCAUUGCAACCCUAAUUGCCGAUGAUUGCAAGUCGUUGGAAAUUGUGUCAACUUGGAGAUCAAGUGGUGAUCAAAUGUACUUCAGAUUCAAUAACUGUGUGCAACUGAUUGAACAAUCGCUUCACAAUAUCAUGGAGGCUGCUGCUUAUUCUAUACCUUAUUGUUUAUUGCAUAAAUAUAAGUACAUGGGUGAUUGUUCGAUUCAUAAAUAUAACUCCAUCCAUCGUUAUACGAUUUGUGUUACCGGAAGCAAAGUACCAGAGUGGAUCAAAUACAGGGCAGCACAAAGCUCCGUAACUAUUGAACUCCCUCAAAUUUCAGACCUGACGAGUUUCUUCUUCUGCAUUGUAGUUGAUGUUCAUUCAGAAAUUAACGGUGGAAGUCAAGCUUUUGGGUGCACAUGCUACUUGGAAGGUUUUAAAGCGGCAGAUUCAACACAUGGCACGGUUCUUCCAGAUAUGAAAUCUGAUGAUGUUUUUAUAUGGACUGAUGACUCAGCAAGUCAAAUGAUUGUGGAUGAAAUUCGAAGCAGAAAUCAACAGUCUUUCGCUAACGUAAAGCUUCGCUUCGAAUUCUCUGCGUAUAACCAUGCAAUGAUCCCUAGCAAACGAGAAACAAGCAAGUUAAUGAUCAAAGAAUGCGGGGUGUGGCCAGUAUCUGUCUCAGAAUGUCAGAAAUUUGUUGAGCAAAUGGAAAUAGAGAGGUAA